GUCCUCCGGCGGCGCGGUGCCGCCAUGUCUCCAAGAGAGAAGCGGUUAAUAGCGCUGAUCUCUCUCGUGUUCUGUGCUAUCGCAAUAUUCUGUCUAAUUUUCUAUUAUAUUCCAACCUUUCUUUAUAUAGCUUUCAUUCUUGGAGUUUGUUCCGUUGCCUGUUGUUAUCACAGCGGAGAAUCACUCUACGUUACGUUAGGCCCACAUCCACGCCGUGGUCUCACGAUUCCACCCGUGCUGCGACGCUGGUUGCCAGGGAUUGCGAACGGAGUACCCACAGCGGGAAGAGUCAGAAGUCGUACCGUCAAGGGUGAUGUUAGGGAAUCGGUAGUAUUUACUGGCCAACGACGUUCCGAGAGCGCUAUUUAUCGGAAAGACGCGGGACACAGUGACUCAUUUCUGCUCAGUCCUCGGGAUAUACUCAUGGGAAGUUACAUUGGGAAGGCAGAAAGUCCUCCCUCAGUUGUGGGGAGGCCGCGAUUCGGUGCAAUUUCGGGUGCUAACCCCAACGCACGAGAACAACUACGCGAAAGAUUGGCGCGACCCAACCAGGCUGUUCAUACUCCAAACAGACGACUGUCAUUCGGGGGGGAGCCCCUUGGCACUAUGGGCAGGUUCACCAUCACUCCCCAGCGCCACUACCCCCUCCAGCAGACUGGCACCACCUCUGUGGGCAUCCUGCCCCCGGCCCAGUGGGACAGCUUCAGAAAGAAGAAUAUUCUCACCCCUCGCAACUCCCCGGCAGUCCACAGUCCAGUCACAGUGAAGAUCGCUAGGCCAGAUCACAACACCACUCGAUCUCCGUUAUUUGAUCAUUUGAACUCUCCAGGAGUCCUUGGCUCUCCAGGCCUUGCGGCCCCUGCAGACCCCUGCUCCAGGGAGACUGUUCUGAGCGUGCUCAAAGAGAGUCGCAAAAGAGAGGUGGACGAUGAAGAUGACAGGAGCUUCACUGCAGGGCAAAAGAGCAAAAGGAGGCGCCAUGACAGCAGUGGGAGUGCUCACUCUGCAUUUGAGCCACUGCUGCCCAAUGGAGCUCCAUCACAGCUGGUGCCGAAUACUCUGAAGCGAGGGCUAAAUGCUAUGGUGGAGGAGUCAACAAUGAAGAGGUCACGCACCUUCUCCAUCAGCUCUGUGAGCUGUGGCCUGACCCCCAGCGGCACCCUGGGCACGGUCCGCAACUCCAUCCUCAGCUCCCUCAGCUCCUCACAAGGCUUUGCUCAGCGGAAAAAAGCCUCCACCCGCAGCCUCUCCCCGCUCUCCAGCCCAGGGUCGUCCCGGUCCCAGACCCCAGAGAGAGCCUCUAAAAAGCCCAGGGAAGAGGAUGCUCGCUCGCCCAGCUCUGCGUCCUCGGCGAGGUCUGACAAGACGUUGACAGACCCAGCACCCAACACUGGGAAGCUGACUCCAGCCCCUGAAGUCCCUGUGGCUUCAGCCUCGUCAGACUCUGCCGGUAGCGGGAAACGGAAACGCAAGAUUCCGCUGGUGUCCAGCCGUAGAGGAGACCAAAUCUCUCUGCCGCCACCUCCUGAGCUGGGCUACACAAUCACGGUGAAAGACCUGGAUCAGGAGAAGAAAGCCGCUCUCAGCCAGAUCAACACAGUCCUCGAAGAGCCUGUUCCAGAGCCAGAGAAGCCUGCGCCAGCUCCAGUAGUGACCACAUCUUCUAAGCCUCCCGUGUCAAACGACCCCACACCCACCCUGGCCACCCUGCUGGCCAGCCAUCUUCCCGUAUCAACACCUUCCAGUGUGGCUGCUCCUAUCCCUGUCAUCAACCUGGACCCCGUCCCCUCAAGCACCGUCAGCACGGCCCCAACCUCCACAGCCUCCCCCGUCACCACCACAACCCCCGCAGCCAACCCCCUCCUGGAGUCUCUGAAAAUGAUGAGGAACAACCCCCUCACCAGUACUGCUGCUGCCAAUACUACAGCGGUGACGACCCCUGCACCACUGGUGCCUGCAGAGCAGAAGUCGAAAACUAGCUUGACUGCUCCUCAGCCCACACCAGCCUCCCUCUCCCAGCCUGCACUACCCUCCCUCUCCCAGCCUGCCAGCACCAUGCCCUCUGCCUUCACCCAGGUGCUGAGCCAAGUCACCAAGGCCCCCAGCAGUGUCCCCACCCUGGGUGGAGCUAGCCUGUUUGGACUGGCCAAUCCACUGACCGCCCUGUCCUCCUCACCGGCCCCCACCACCACCUCAACCGCCACCACAGAAGCAACCAGUAGUAAUAAUCCCCUCCUGGCCUCUGUGUUCAAGCCCAUCUUCGGGGCUGCGGCCCCAGCCUCAGCCCCAGAGGGCACACCUGCUCUUCCCACCUUUAAACCCAUAUUUGGAAGCGCCACAGCCACCAGUGCUUUUGGACAGCCAGCCUCCACCUCAGCUCCCUCCAAAGCCAGCGCGUCUGCCUUAGUGUUCAGCGGGCUAACCAACAUUAGUACGGUGGCCCCAGCCGCCUCCCUGUUCACUGGGCUGUCCAACAGCACCGCUCCAGCUCCAGCCCCCUCCACCGAACCAGCCGCCCCGCCAUCUGUCAAGUCUCUGUUUGGAAACUGGAGUGCGCUGCCUGCAACGACCGCUGCCACAACCACUGCCCCUGCCACAGGAAGUACCUUCCAGUUCGGCGCCGCCUCCACCACAACUCCUGCACCCACCCUCCGCUCCACCGCAGCCACUACCACUAACAACAGCGGCUUUUCGUUUGGUGCGAUGACCACCGCCUCUGCCGCCACUCAACCUGCCCCCUCAGCCACCGCCCAGGGGGGAUUCACCUUUGGCCAGGCUGCAGCCACCCAGAACUCUACCACCGCAUCCUUCGGUGGCUUUGGCAUGGCCACUGCAGCCACUGCUACUGCUGCCGCACCUGCAAGCCAGUCCACGUUCACGUUUGGGAAGUCGUCGUUCGAAGCUCCGGCGGCAUCAGCGUUCCCCAGUGCGACUCAGGCCCCGGCUGCUCCUGCGGCAGCUAAUCCUUUCACAUUUGGGUCAGCUGCAGCUGGGGCCACCCCAGCCCCUGCCCCCUUUGCUUUUGGCGCGGCUGCCACUACAGUGGCCUCUACCUUUGGGACCACCACUAAGCUGGCAUUUGGAGGCAACUCCACAGGUUUUGCAUUUGGCAACACCACGGGUUCCCCGGCCACCCCAGCAGCCCCUGCCUUUGGCUCUGCCACCCAGACUGUCGGCACACUCCCAGCCUCCGCCCCAACCUUCUCAUUUGGUGGUGUGUCCACACAGCAGGCCCCUGCUACCCCUGCCCAGCCAGCCACCGGAGGAUUCAACUUCGGCGCGGCCAUUUCAGGCACUCAGUUUGGAACCCCUAACCCCACAACACAGACGCCAGGCUUCAACUUCGGGGCUGCUGCUAGUGACAAGCCAGCCUUUGGGACAUCUACCCCUGCUUUUGGCCAGAGCACAGCAGCAGGUCCUGUCCCCUUUGGAAGCCCAGGAACUCCAGUCCAAGGAUUCAGUGCUAUGGCAUCCUCACCAUUCGGCUCUCCAUCAGCUCCUUCGUUCUCCAUCGGCGCUGGCUCCAAGACAUCAGGGGCGCGCCAGAGGCUACAGGCCCGAAGGCAGCACCCCAGGAAGAAGUAGCCUAGCCAGGUGUGGUAGCAUCUGGCAUGGCUUGGAAGCCCUUACCAUUCAGCACUGCCAUGACACCCCCCAGAGGAGCUACUGCUAUGGCUAAUAUGGCUAACACAGCUUUCCAUUGUAACCCCAGUCAGACCAACAGCCCUCCCUACCCUCCUGUUACCCUGGCCGGCCUGGGCUGGCCCGCUUUGUGGUACAGGGUUAGCAGAGGAGCACAUACACCCCUCCUAGGAUGCCUACCGCUCUACUGACAGUGUAGCCACUCUCACAGUGAGGAAAAGAAAGGGGGAUAGGAGGCAAAACGAUAGUGUAUUAUACUUGAAAGAGAAAAGACUUGAAAUCCUUUUGACUUUGAGGGACUUGCUGACAGAAGAGGUUUUGUUCAGAUCUGACAUGCGGUACAGUUGAAUCGAGACACGCUCACUUUGUUUUUGUAUUAAAUUCUAAGCAGGGCUGUGCGUUAACGGCUAUACAAGGGCUGAACGUGUGUUUCUGACGUAUGCCCACGGUCAAAAUAGGGCUCACAUACAGUAUGAUCUGUGUGGAUUUAUCCAGCUGUACAUGGGAACCAUAAUGUAUAGGAGAUGUUGACAGUUUUGAGAUAAUGAAUUGCGUUUAUUUUACAUUUUAAAUUGAUUUUUUAUUUGGAUUCCUAAAGACUAUUUCACUCAGUUAAUGAAGACUGGUAUAUGGCAUCUCUGCACUAGUUAGGCCUUAGCUGUUUUGAAUGAGUGCUUAGUGUAGUGGUCCCAGAGAUGCCCUUGUAUUAUUGUACAGUAUCACAGGCACUGGGAAGCAUUCCUACAAUGGAAUUUGUUAUACUUGGAAGCAUUCCUACAAUGGAAUUUGUUAUACUUGUUUGAUCCUGAAUGACAGAAUAAGGUAAACAAUAAAAUCCUUUAUCAGAAUGCCAUCACGGGAUCGGUUAAACAUAAAAUAUGUAUACAUAAUGUGGAGUCCCAGGGUAGUAGUCAUUAAUGGGUCGAUAUUGUGUUGGUGUAAAUAGGCUACCCUGGACUUGCGCUGAAAACCAAAGCCAAUACUUAAGGUUUGACCUACAAAAUAAUCUCUCUUCUACCACUAAGUCCUUUCAUGGGUCCUUUUGUACUAGACUACCUCUCCUUUUCCCCACUCUACUCCUGCUAUCACCAUAGUGAAGAUGGGAGGUGGGGGCAUUCAAGACUGAUCUGGGGACUGAUUGAGAAUGUUAACAAAUCCUUCCUCCUCUCCUUGAAGUAACUUCUGAGGAUUGUAUUACAUUGGAUGCGUAAAAGCAAGUUGCUGUACUUUCCACUUAUCCUAACCUAGUUAUUACUACAAGCGAGAAAGGAAGUAAGGAUGCAUUUUAAACGUGGUCAAUCAGAGCAGGUGUGCUAUGGGAGGGAUGGGUAAAGUGGUCCUGGAGAGCCAUAGGAGAUAAAGGAUUUUUCCCCAGCCCAGCACUGAACACAGAUUCAACUAGUCACAGUCUUGAUUGAAGAAGAACCUGUUUGAUCAGUUAAAUCCAGUGUUCUACGUGUUCCUCACCAAUAACAUGGCACAGAACAAUUUCUGUCUUGAAUGCUAGCCCCCACCUUCAUCAGAUUGGCAAUGAUAGAAACUAGAAACAUCUGGGUGGGCCCUGUACCGCAAUACCCCUGCAUCUUUAUACUAUCAAGACAAAGAUGAGUGCGUUUAUAAGAGAACUGAGUUUGGAGUUUACAUGCUCCCCUCCUAAAUGUUGAAGAUGGACGUACUGUACUUGCGCCUUCAGCAGUCAAACCGCUUUCCCCUCCCUUGUAUGAAUCCCCUCAAGUCUUUUCUGGUGUUUUUAGCUUGUUACUAUUUUUGCUUCGGUGAGUCAGGCUUGGAGGAAAUAAAGUGGUGAAUGGUGGCAUAGUGGUAGUGCCGAUCAUGGUUUUACCUGCACAUUCAAUGUGGGUGAGGUUAGGAGUUUUGAUGGGACUUUUUAAAACAAUGUAUUGAUGAAUGUGUUUGUGUGACUAUACAACUGGAUUCACAAAUGUGCACAGAAAGAGAUGUUAUUUUCAUUAAUGCUGGAUCGAAACUCAGGACUAAAGGAACUGGAGGGGAAUUGUCUUAAAAUUCAAACCUAACCUCUUUGUUGUGCGCUAAACAUUUUACUAACCAUGUAGGUUACAAAAAUGACCUCUGGUGUUGAAUCGGUUCUUAAUUGGUCCACCCCUCUUGAUACAGAACUAGGAUUUUGAAUACUCUUUUUUAACCCUCCUGGUCGAACCAGUUAGGGUAGUUAUUGUAAGAGCAGUGUAUGAAUGUGUGUUGGGGCAUGAUUUGGCUAAAUAGUGUCAAAAUGCACACAAACAUUAUUUUUGUAUUAAGGCAGGUUGCCUUUUAGAAUUCCUUCAAGCUUGGCUCACUGAGGCAAUUAGAAUAAUUUUUCUAGUUAAGGUUUCCUCAACCGUAAUGCAAUGGUGGAAUAAAAGCGUCUAAAAGUU